ACCAGAGAAAAAAUCAAGGAAUAACGGCCUGAAACCAAGCAACCUCCAAAAGAAAACAAACCCUAAAACAAAGAACCCGAACCAACGAGUACCAGGUCCAAAACCAGAAACCCUAAUCGCCAAGUUCACCUAAAACCGACCGAACAGCCCCUGACCAGAUCCGAACCAGCCUCUGAUCAGAUCCGAACCAGCCCCUGAUCAGAUCUGAACCAGCCCCUUAACCGCGGCAGCAAAACAGCAGCAAAACGAUCCUGAACAGCCUUCUUCCUGCGAUUGAUCCUGUGUAACCGUGUGUUUAACCGAACCAAGGCUCUGAUACCACUUGUUAGGAAUCAGAGAUCAGAGGCGGUCAAGCGGAAGCGAACAAACACACACACACAAAUAGCAGAAAAUAAGAACACGAGAUUUAACGUGGUUCGGUCAGUAACCUCCACGGGUUGCAGCUAGGGUUUAUCUUUUAUUAGGUGCUCGCAGAUUAUAGUUACAUGAUUGGGUAUUUAUAAGAUAUAAACUAGGGUUAACAACUUGCUAAACAAGAAACAACUAAUGGGCCCUUUAAUUAAUAACUAAAACCGGCCCCCCAUGUUUCUUCCCUUUAGCCGACCAGGCUUAAAGCCCACAGCUCUAAAGCCUUCACCGAAUAACCCAACAGAUUCCUCUCCAAGUCUCUCCCUUAUUCCAGCAGUGAACUUUCAAAGCUUUCUCAUUCGAUUUGAGCUCUUACUUGUCAAACUUACAUCCAUGGCGGACUUGUCUCGCUUCUUCCCCAUUUUCACUCUGCUCCUCCUUCAACUCUCAUGUUCAGGCAUUAUGACAAGGCUUGCAAAUGCACAAGCACCUGGACAGGGUUCUUGGUGCCUUCCAAGGCCUUCAACGAGUGACCGAGAGCUCAUGGCCAACCUCAUCUAUGCUUGUAAUGUGGUGAACUGCACUGCAACCCAGCAGGGUGGCCCUUGCUUCUACCCUGAUACUCUGAUCAACCAUGCAUCUUUCGCCAUGAAUCUCUACUACCAGAAAUCAGGGGCAAACUACUGGAACUGCGAUUUCAGAAAAACAGCAGUUAUUGCAGUCACUGAUCCAAGCUAUGGGGAGUGCAUAUUUGAGUAUGCUCAGUAGGUGAACAAAGGCGAGAGACUGAUAUUCUUGAAGAAGAAAAGAUUGGGAAGAAGAAGAUGAUCUGUCUGAAUAAUUAUUUGUUGUAGGGGAAAUCAUUCUAACUCAUGAAUGUGAAGGUUUGCAUGGCUGAACUACUUACAUUUAGCCUUUUCAAGACAUUGGAUUUGGUUUGUUUGUUUUUUUACCCAUACAUAAAAAGAGUUUCUUCCAUUUUUCCCCUCCAAAUUUGGAAAAGAAAAAAAUGUUGUUUGU